GGAUUUCAAGAUUUAUUUGUUUUUUUUUUCGUUGUGUGAUGGUCGUUGGACUAUUAAAAUGCACUUUACGGUAAUUUUGUGCAUUUCAUGUCUCGUAAAUUGUUUGGUAAACAAGACCAGUUUAUGAGGAAUGUAAGCCUCAUUUCAGCAAAUCAAUUUUGGGGUCGGUUUAACAAAUUUUUUUGAUAAAUCCCUAUAUGGUAAAGAUUUACAUUUUAGUGCGUGCAAAUUAUGUAUUCACUGGCCCAAAGGUAGGUGAAUAUUUAAGGUUCCAUAUGUGCGCAUAAAGUAAUAAAUAUGUGAUGAUUAUUCGGUUAGCAUGUGAAUUUUAAAUCGGCCCAAAGGUGGAUUUACUGUUUCAUAUGUUCUUAUCAUCAAUAUUUAAUUAUCGUUUCAUAAGACAUCACUUACAAGUUAAUAUUUUGUCCAAAGAUAAAAUAUUAAUGGAGUGCAAGGUGUCUUGAGAUGGAGUAAGCAGUUAUUUAAAAUUAUUAUUGUAAUUCUCUCUUAAUGAUAAUUAAUCACUUAUUUGGAAUUUUGUGAUUAUGAGAGAAUUGUCCGGUAUUUUAAUUAAAUCAAUUUUAGCAGUAUGUUGCCAAAGUAACCUCUACUUGCGAAAAAUUAUUUAACUUAGAUUACAUGGAUGUACGUGUAAGGUUAUUUUAUGUGGGUAGUGCUCGACCCAAAGGACGACAUUAUUUGACCAAAAUAAUCAAGCACAUUAAUGGUAAAUACGUGAUAAUUAUAAAGUUGUUGUUCAUGUAAAUAACAGUCGGUCCAAAGAUAGGCUGUUGUUUGACAGAACUUAUUAUCGGUAUUUGAUCAUUGUUUUAAGAGUACCGCUCGCAGUUAAUUUCUCUGUCCAAAGACUAAGAAUUAAUGUUGCAUUUGGUAUCUUAUGAUGGGUCCCCAAAAUUGAAUAAUUUUAUCGUCUUGUUUAAUUACAUGGCUGAUGUGUGUUUUUCUUUUAUCUCAAUAUAGUUUUCGUGCUUUGAUUUAAACAUUUCUGUUGAAAUUAAAGUUAACUCUUCUGUUAAAUGGGAUGAAUCUAAAGAAUUUAAAGUAAAUUCAAGACAAUUAUUCUCGAUAUAUAGGCAUUGAUCUUGCGCUUUUAUGUGGAACAAUCCCUAUUCUAUUUCGGGAUAUCUCAAUGAGAUUUAAUAAUAGCGAAUAGAGAUAUAUCCAAUUCAGUGUGCAUGGUGAUCAUUAAGCGCUCUAUUCGUUGAAUAAUUAUGGGGCUAUUAUAUUGAGAUGCCUUUGAGGUUUAUUGAAGUAAUAAUACAGUAUUUUGCCAAAACAUAAAAGGAUCCGGGGUAAGCUACCUAUUGGGGUAAUUUAAUCCAUAAAGUGUAAAGGCAAAAUGUACAAGUGUAUUAUAUUUUGGAGGUGUCAAAAGACAUACUCAACACUUGGUUUAAUUUAUCUUCCUCCAUGAAGUUUUAGGUGAGUACUAAUAUUCACAAAAGGAGAGGAGGGAAGAUACGAGAUGAGACUAAACUCAAUAACUAAACCUCAAUUUAUCAAUAAAGGAACAAAUAGAGAGUGAAGGAUGUUAUGGUUUCGUUGACCUCUUAAGGACAUGGUGAGGAGUAUUUCUACUUACUAGACUCCAUUUGGAUAAAAGCCAUAAAGGUUACAACGUACAUCCUUAAAUUGAGUAUCCAGAAGGUAGUUAAUGUAAUCAAUAAGUGCAAUAAGGACCUUGCACAUUUAGGGUUGUCCAACUUAGGAAAUACCUUGUAAGGUACAAGAAGGUAUAAUGGACAAAAGAAUUAACUUAUAUUUUGUUGGCUACUCAAUAGUACUCUCGAGGCUAAAAGUUUUAUAAUCCCACCUCAAGAAGUUUUUUUUAAUGAGAAAUAGAAAUUUCUUGAGUAUAUUGAGUUUGUGUAGUAACAACAUUUCCAUAUGGUUACUACACAAACUCAACAAACUCAAGAAAUGCCAUCAAUUAGGAUAUCCACAAAGUAGUUGUAUCUUCUUUGAACAUAAGGAUGACGUCAGGUUGACUAAUGAUCAGGUUCAUAUUAGUCUAGUCAUGCACAGUUCUAGUUAUGAAAAGUGGAUUGAUGUCAUGUGGUGAAGUCAACGAGAGAUAUAAGGCAUGUUGGUCUCUAAGGCUUUACUAAUAAGGAAAGUAUUGACUCAAGAGACUUUCUCUCUGGUAUAUUUGAAAGACUCUUUAAGGAAUAUAAUGGCAAUGGUGGCUCAUAUAAGUAUCUCAUUAUUGAUAUCACAAUGAUUCUCAUGUUAUUAGCUCAUUCAGAAUUAGAGACUAAUGUUGGAGAUGAUUGUGUAUAUCUUAAGUUCAGUGGGAGUAAAUCCUUUUUCCUGUUUUAUACAUCGUGGUUGUUCUACUUAAGGUGCAAGUAGAAUAAGUUAGUAAACCAGGAGAUAUGUUGUAGCUAAGGGAGACAGUUUUGGUCUCAAUCAGUGCCCCAAUUAUAUUUAAGAAAUUAAGAUACAAAAUCUCUUGAAUGCAUAUUUGCAUUAAAGAACUAAUGUAUAGUUUAGUUUAUUCUCAUCCCAAUAAAGCAUUUCUAGUAAGAGUUUUUUGACAGAUAUUUGUUUGGUCUAUGCAAGAAAUACUAGAAGGAUUCAAACGUGUUACGCGUUUACUAAAGUUGAUAAAAAGAAUUCAUGCAAAUUUGUUAGAGAUCAGAUAAUAUAGAGAUCAUCAAGUACUCUGACUCUGAUGUUACAGGAUGUCAAGGUAGCAUAAACUCUACAUCAGGUUACCCUUCAUUGUUGGGUAGAGUUCAAAGCAUAUCUUGAGACUUCCUAUUAUGGUUGCAAAGUUUUUGUUACUAGAAUGACCUUGGUAAGGGUAUUUCUAGUCCCCCAUGUUUUGUUGUUAUAACAAACACGUCCACGUAAUAGGUAAUUUGGUAAAAAUGCUCUUGUAUUAUGUUAUUUAUCUGUUUAUUAUAAUAGGUAAUUUGGUAAAAAUGCUCUUGUAUUAUGUUAUUUAUCUGUUUAUUAAAAUUUAUCAGUGGCAUGGUUGAUUAUGAUCUUAAACCUCAUUGAAUUACCUUUGAAAUUUAUUUUUCACCUCUCUAUCUGGUUCGAUCGAUCAAUAUUGUCUUGGCUUUAUUAACUCCCAAACGAGGGAGAUGUGAUAUUUAAAAGUUCAAUUAUAAUUAGGACACAAUACUAAGUCUAUUGAGAUUAGGAUGUCCUCAAGCGCUAAUAGUUUAUUGAAAUACACAUUUCGUGAUUCAACUGUCGUAAAUUACACUAAUAACAUCCUAAUCCUAACAAAUCUUAAAGUGAUUGAAGCAUUGAACUGUUCCCAAUCAACAUGAUACAACGAAUCAAAACUUUGAGUUGUAACAUAAAUGUUAUACGAAUCAUCCAAAAUGUAAAUACAAGGCUUUUUAUAGAAAAACUAUGAGUGGGUUAUAAAUGAAUACAAAUUUUGUAUUAGUAGUCUCAAAAUAUAUAUAAACAUAAAUUUUAUGGGACAUAAAAGUCAAUAACAUAGAAAGGUAUUUGUUAAGGAAAUUAAAGAUACACGGUAGAUAGAAGGAAUACAAACAAAAAAAGUGAUAAUAAUAAUAAUUCAGGAAAAAGAAAAUUAAAGUGAAAGAAAGCAUGUGCGUACAACUUUGGUCUUACGAGAUCAACGCCUCAAAUAAAAAUUUCACCCAACCCAUCGAACGUCUCUUCUCAAUAACUCUCUGCUCUGCUCACACAAUUCGCUCACGACGGCCUCCUUCAGUUCCUUCUUCGUCUUCUCGAGCUGCUGGGUUUUCCUUUCUGAACUAUAGUCAAGUCUGCCUUGCUUCUUUGAAUUAAUGGGACCCAUCAGAGGCUUCAAGCGGAGGAAGAAAUCUUCGGACCAUAAGGUUGACCAGAAUGCCUCACCUUCUACUUCUGCUUCAGCUGCUGCUGUUGCUGCGGAGGACCGUGGUGCUUCUGCGCCGUCUCUGCCCGAUAAAGAUGUUGAUUGGUGGGAUGAAUUCUCCAAGAGGAUCUCUGGUCCUUUGUCUGAAUCAAAGAAUGCAAAGAGUUUUGAGUCCCUUUUCAGAAUUUCAAGGAAGACUUUCAACUAUAUAUGUUCCCUAGUGAAGGACGAUUUGGAAGCUCGGCAGUCAAACAUCUUAGAUCUAAACGGGAAGACAUUAACUGCACAUGAUCAAGUAGCUGUUGCUCUCCGCAGGCUGAGUUCAGGUGAGUCAUUAGCAAGCACAGGUAACGCCCUGGGAAUCAACCAAUCAACUGUUUCCCAAAUAACCUGGAGAUUCGUGGAAGCAAUGGAGGCAAAGGCACUCCGCCAUCUCCAGUGGCCAGCAUCAGAAGUAGAGAUGGGCCAGAUCAAGAACAAGUUCAAGAAAAUCCGUGGCCUCCCCAAUUGUUGUGGUGCAAUAGACGCUACACACAUUCUCAUGACUGUUCCUACAGUUAACCAUUCACAUGAAGUGUGGCUUGAUCGAGAGAAGAAGUUCAGCAUGGUAUUGCAGGCAGUGGUGGACCCCGAGAUGAGAUUCCGUGAUGUGAUUGUUGGGUACCCAGGCAGCUUGAGCGAUGCUGUCAUCCUCCAGAGCUCGGGUUUCUUCAAACUAUGUGAAGAAGGCAAACGAUUGAACGGCAAGAAGAAGGAGCUUAUGGAAGGGACAGAGUUGGGUGAAUACAUUGUAGGGGAUGCUGGGUUCCCAUUGCUGCCAUGGCUCAUUACCCCAUUCCAGCAUGCUGCCCCGGGUCAUCAGGUGGAUUUCAACAAGCGGCAUUCUGCAUCACGUUCGGUUGCAAAGAUUGCAUUGGCAAGGCUGAAGGAGAUGUGGAGGAUAAUCCAUGGUGUGAUGUGGCUGCCUGAUAAGAACAAGUUGCCUAGGAUUGUCUUUGUUUGCUGCUUGCUGCAUAACAUUUUGAUUGACAUGGAGGAUAAGGAGUUGAAUGGAGUUCCUUCCUCCAGAGAUCAUGACCCGGAUUACAGACAACAGUUCUGCGAGUCAGUCUCGGAACCAGCUAGUGAGAUCAGAGAGAAGCUCUCUCUAUAUUUGUCUGGAAAACUUCCACCUUGAGAAGAAAGCAAAGUUGGGGAGAUUUCUUAUAUUCGUCACCAGUUUUUUCUCUGACAUACAGGUAUUCAGGAUGUUGUUAUACCCUCCUUGUGCUCAUAGGUUUAAUAGUUACUAUAAAGAUUGGUGAACCAUUGAAUAUGGGUUCUCAUUUAUCUCAUCAAUCGUUCAGUUGAAUAGACAGACAUUGUUAUCCUUUUCUUCUGUCUCUCUCAAUUAAUAUAGGAAGUAUAUGUGUGGAAUUCCAUCAUUCUUGUAAUUAUGGAUAAGGAGUUGUGUGACCAAUUAUGCAAUGCUUUUCAUCAGGAAGCUUUAGAUUGUUGAUUCAGCCCAUUUUUUUUUUUAUCUCAUUGCCCUUGAACGUUGUGAUCUUCUUGAGGAUUGCUGUGAAACAUUGUACAGGUUACUCACAACUGACAGUCUAACAAACCCAGUUAUCUUAU